AUGGAGGGCGAGGGGGCCCCUUCGUGCCGGGGUCCCGGCGGUGGCGGAGGGGUGAUCCGCGAGCUCUGCCGCUCCUUCGGCCACUACAACCGGCACCUGGCGAGGCUGCAGCACAACCUGCGCGAGACCAAGAAGUUCUUCCGCGAUGUCAAAUACUCCCCAGGCCACCCCUUCGCCUCGGCGGCGGCUGGCGAGGGCCUCCUCGGCGGGGAUGGGGAUGGACCCCCCCGGGACGGUCCCACGCCUGGCGGGCAGAACUUCAUUUCCUUCCCUCUCCACGAGGAAGAGCAUCUCCAGAGGACUGUGAGCUGGCACCCUUGCCUCCUGAUCCUUGGCCAGAACUGCAAUGCCAAAUGCCAGCUACUCAACAUCCUGCUGGGUGAGAAGCUGCUGCCUACCACCAAAAUCAGCAACGAGGAGAACUGCAAGAGGCGCCGGAUCCGCUUCACGCACGGCGCCCAGACCCGGCUCAGCCUGGCGCUGCCCGAGCAGUACGAACUGGUCCACAUGAUGGCAGCCCACAGAGGGCACUGGGACACCAUUCCAGAGGAGGACUUGGAGAUUCGUGGGGACUGUGAAGAUCCUGCUCAGAGGAUAGCAGAGCUGGAGGUCAUGCUGCCCUACUCGCUGCUGAAGGAAGUGGACAUUGUGGUAGCACCAUGUCGAGGCUUCCAGUCUACUGAAGCCACCUUGGCAGAGUACGUCAACCAAGUCUUGCCUGUCGUCACCUUCGCCAUCAGCGAGGCUGAGCUGUCGCCGCCGGACGAGAGCGAACUGCGCCGGAUCAAGGAGAGGUUCUCCUUGCCCAUCUUCUUCUUCAGGGUGCCAGACUCGGGGCUUGACCUGAUUGCUCCCAAACCCCCUGCCAACGAAAAGUCCUCCCUUUACUGCCAGCUGCGGGACUUGGAGUACCUCGGUAGCAACCACUGCAGCUGCGGGGCCCCGGCUCCGGAGGGCGAUGCCCAGAGCAUGCUGGUGGAGCAGCUGGAGAAGCUGCGGCUCCUGAGCGCUUUUUCCAGGCAGGUGCUUCAGAAGCACCUGGUGGAGGCAGCUACCAGUUUAAACGAGGUGCACUGCCGCUGCCUCAACAUCUUCAUCAACCAGGCCUUUGACAUGCAGAGGGACCUGCAGAUCACCCCCAAGAGGCUGGAGUACACCCGCAAGAAGGAGAACGAGCUCUACGAGUCCCUGAUGAACAUCGCCAACCGCAAGCAGGAGGAGAUGAAGGACAUGAUCGUGGAGACCCUGGGCAAUAUGAAAGAGGAGCUCCUGGAGGAUGCUGCUAGCAUGGAGUUCAAAGAUAUCAUCAUUCCUGAGAAUGGGGAACCUGUCAGUUCCAAGGACAUCAAAUGUUGUAUCAAACAGAUCCAGGAACUGAUUAUCUCUCGAUUAAACCAAGCUGUUGCCAACAAGUUAAUCAGCUCCGUGGACUACCUGCGAGAGAGCUUUGUAGGGACCCUGGAGAGAUGUCUGAAGAGCCUGGAGGAGUCUUGGGAGGUUUCAGUCCAUCCUGCAAGGAGUUUGGAGAAGUCAAAGGAUGCCUCUGUACACAUCACAAGCAAUUAUCUCAAACAGAUACUCAAUGCAGCUUAUCAUGUUGAAGUCACUUUCCACUCUGGCUCCACAGUAACCAGGAUGUUGUGGGAGCAGAUCAAACAGAUCAUCCAAAGGAUUACCUGGGUCAGCCCCCCUGCCAUCACCAGUGACUGGAAGAGGAAGGUUGCUCAGGAUGCCAUCGAGAGCCUCAGUGCCUCCAAGCUGGCCAAGAGCAUCUGCAGCCAGUUCCGCACCAGGCUGAACAGCUCCCACGAGGCCUUUGCAGCUUCUCUGAGACAGCUGGAGGAUGGCCACUCUGGCAGGCUGGAGAAGACAGAAGACCUGUGGCUGAAGGUGCGGAAGGAUCAUGCUCCUCGCUUGGCACGGCUCUCUCUGGAGAGCAGGUCCCUCCAGGAUGUGCUCUUACAUGGCAAGCCCAAGCUGGGCCGUGAGCUGGGCAGAGGGCAGUAUGGUGUUGUCUACCUGUGUGACAGCUGGGGAGGGCACUUCCCAUGUGCGCUCAAAUCAGUUGUUCCUCCAGAUGAGAAGCACUGGAACGACCUUGCACUUGAGUUUCACUACAUGAGGUCUCUACAGAGCCAUGAGAGGCUUGUCCACCUCCAUGGCUCUGUGAUAGAUUAUGGCUAUGGAGGAGGCUCCAGCAUUGCUGUCCUGCUGAUCAUGGAACGCUUGCACAGAGACCUCUAUACAGGCCUGAAGGCUGGGCUAGAACUGAAGACACGACUGCAGAUUGCCCUGGAUGUGGUGGAAGGGAUUCGUUACCUUCACAGUCAGGGACUUGUGCACAGGGAUAUCAAACUUAAAAAUGUCUUGCUUGACAAAAAGAAUCGAGCCAAAAUCACUGACUUGGGGUUCUGCAAACCAGAAGCUAUGAUGUCUGGCAGCAUCGUGGGCACGCCCAUUCACAUGGCUCCUGAGCUCUUCACAGGGAAGUAUGAUAACUCAGUGGAUGUCUAUGCAUUUGGCAUUCUGUUCUGGUACAUCUGUUCAGGCCACGUGAAGCUACCAGAGGCCUUUGAGAGAUGUGCAAGCAAAGAUCACCUUUGGAACAAUGUCAGAAGAGGGGUGCGCCCGGAGCGUCUCCCGGUGUUCGACGAGGAAUGCUGGCAGCUAAUGGAAGCCUGCUGGGAUGGGGACUCCUCCCAGCGCCCUCUCCUGGGGAUUGUUCAGCCUAUGCUGCAGGGGAUCAUGGACAGGCUCUGCAAGUCGAGCUCUGAGCACCCCAAUAAAGGGUUGGAUGACUCGACCUGAAAAAGGAAGCA